AUGGGUCGCCCAAAGCCCGUUGCUCAAGACCUCCUUGCCGAUCUCCCUGUUGACGUCGAUGCUCCGCCGACGCAAACCAUGCCCCCACCAAAGCCGAAACGAACCAAGAAAGCCCAUCCAAAGGCUAAAGCCACUGAAGUUGAGGUUGAGGAUACCCUGACAAUUUCACAAUUGGCAGGGAGUGAGAAGACGACUUCCGUUCCCAAAAAAAGGUCUGCUGAGACACAGCCAUCAGAGUCCGCACAAUCAAAGAAACCGAGGUCAUCGUCUGCGACGAUCUCGGGGUCCAGAAUACCAAAAGUCCCCUGGACGCCUGAAAUUACUUUAGAAGAUAAGCCUGUUCUUGCCAGCGAUAGUGCCGACGACAUUAAUGUCGGCGUAGCACUUAGUACCGCCCUACUUUUCCCAAGUGAUCUUGAGCGGAAUGCCAAGAUGAGUGAGUACGAGAACUAUGCCUUUAUGCUCCAACGUUUUGUCCAACUCAAUAUUCCUGAAGAUUCACCUCUGCGCAAGGCCGAAGCUAUUCCUCUCCCAUUCCCUCCUCCUCCUCCACCUCCAAGUCAAACUGAAGAAGAAUUUGAAUCUGAGUCUGAAGAUGAGGAGGAAGGUGAGGAUGAGGCUUUAGUAAGGAAAUCCAAGGAGGUUGUUGGGUCUAAGUCUCCUUCUCUGAAUGAGCAGGUCUUGGACCUGACUCAAGACGAUGAUGGUGAUGCAGUUGCCAAGGAAACUAGUCCUGAACAGGCCUCAUCUGACGUUCCUCCAGCCGAAAAAAGUCUUGAUGAAACCCUUGCGCAGAUUGACGCCGAAAUCGAGGUGGAAAAGACUGCCGAAAUAGCUCUCCAGGAAUCAGCCGAGGUAGUUCUCCAAGAAUCGGCCGAGGUCCAGUCUCAAAUUGCGCCUGAAGUAGAAGAAUCAUAA